AUGGUAAAGAUAACAACAGCCGCCGGCGGAGUUACAAGUGGAAGCACGUAUGUUGGAGAUUCUGAUGGCAACAUCAAGGUUUUUAAGAUUGAACAAGAACUUCUCAUGGUAAGUCAGCUCACGGACAGCGAUCAAUGUGUGUACACAGCACCGCCUGAACUUCCCUCUUUCAGUGAUAUGAAGGAUUCUGAUGAUGAAGGGUUUUCUAAUCGACAAGAAGAUGAAGAACAUUUAGUCUUUAAUACAAUUGCAUACCUCAGUGUUCUUGAUUUUCUUGAUUACAACGUGGAUCAUUUGUCUAUGUAUUUGGAUGUUGCCGACCCAGAAAGUCUACCCUGCUGGAGUGGAUAUGCACAGUUCACUUUGACAGUAAAUAAUCAACUUCAAUCAGAAAAGCUUCUCAUGGUAAGUCAGCUCACGGACAGCGAUCAAUGUGUGUACACAGCACCGCCUGAACUUCCCUCUUUCAGUGAUAUGAAGGAUUCUGAUGAUGAAGGGUUUUCUAAUUGUCUUAAUGGUUGGAUCCCAUGUCAGAGAUGCAACCUUUUCGGUGUUGAAAGAUGUAGCAAAGAAAUCCUGAGGUGAGGAGACAUUACGAGCACACUCUAGCAAUGCUCAAGGAAGAGAAGAAAGAACUAGAAUCACCAUUCCACAAUGAGAAAUUGUUGUCUGCCCAGUUAAAGCAAGAACUAGCAUAUGCAAAGGCUUAAAACAAAAACCUGUACGAGAAAUCCAAAGGUGAGGAGACUGGCGAGCACACUCUAGCAAUGCUCAAGGCAGAGAAAGAAGAACUAGAAUCACCCUUCCACAAUGAGAAAUUGUUGUAUGUCCAGUUAAAGCAAAAACUAGCAUAUGUAGCAUAGGCUUAAAGAAGACAU